AUGAUUAUUUUUUCCAUAUUAAUACUCAAAGGAAAAUUAAUCUAAUAUUUAGAUCCUACUUCACAUUUUGGAGAUUCUGUAAAUUUAUUUUCUUUAAUAGAAAAAGUUUUAUAUUUUACUACCAAUUAUUUUCAUUAUAUUUAUCCUUCAUAAUUAACUCAAUUUUGCACAGAAAUAGAUAUUUCUAAUACAGAAUUAUUUUAGAUGCUUAAAUAACUUUUGUGA